AAAAUUCUUUGGGAAGUCAAAAUACCUUUCGUGUAUUUAUGAUUAUACUUUCUUUUCAAACCUGACAGAAGUUCAAAGCUACGUUUAUUUAUCGGCGAAAAGUAUUAACUUUUGGCAGUGGUCAUGUUCUUAGCGUGAUAUCUACGCAGCACUGAAGACGACGAGCUGAUCAGCAGUUAACAUGCAAAUAAUAAAACUUUUCAUCAUCUGCCUUUCACUGGUAGGAAAUUAUGGUGAGCAGUUUACAAAUAAGUGGAUGGUAAAAGUUAACGGAGAUGAAAAUGAGGCAAAAGCUGUAGCAGUUGAAUACAACCUUCAGUACAUAGAACAGGUAUUUGAAAAUUAUUACACAUUAAUACAUGAAGGCCUACCAACACGAUCCGCGCAAGAGACAGCGGAUUUAACAGAUGCCAUCGGAAGACACCAGAAUGUGCUUUGGGUCCAACAACAGACAGAAAAUGAGCGCGAGCUCAUGUCGUCGACCGUUGAUAUACAAGACCCAAACUGGAAUGAUCAAAAAUGGUACCUGUUAGACGGAAUGAAGGCGGAGAGUGGCUGGGCUCGAUGUUAUACCGGUGCUGGCGUAAAUAUAGCCGUGGUUGACGAUGGCGUGGAAAACAACCGUGACCUCAAUGUGGAUUCUAGUUUAAGUCGGGAUUUUCGAGGCGGUACAAGCAAGACUGAUAGCCACGGUACCCAGGUUGCGGGGAUAGCGGCUGCAAAGAUGAACGAUUUCUGUGGAGUAGGAGUGGCGCCAGACGCCAAAAUUGCAAAUUUGCGCAUCUUUGGAUUGAAAACCACAACAACUCAAUUUGAUCUCGAGGCCAAGGCGCUGUCCUUCAGAACAGACAAAAUAAGUAUAUAUGUUAAUAGUUGGGGCGUGAUAAAUUCUGGUGUUCAUAUUGGUGGCCCGAACACAGCUGUACUGGAUGUCCUCAAAUCUGGGACAAGAAAUGGUCGAGGUGGGAAAGGGGCCAUCUACCUGUGGGCGACGGGAAAUGGAGGUCCUGAUGACAGUUGUGCUUAUGAUGGAUAUAUUAAUAAUAUAUACUCGCUUGGCAUUUCUGGUGUGGAUAGGAAUUAUCGUAAGCUUAUUAAUGGAGAAUCUUGCAGUGCGGUGUUUGCAGCGGCCCCUUCCCAGAAUGUUGGAUCUAGCGACGUGAUCAGCACUAUUGGCGAUAGUCGUUGCACUCGGUUUUUUGGGCAGUCUUCCGCUGCGGUUCCCAUGGCGGCAGGGGCCAUAGCAAUCAUAUUACAGGAAAAUCCUUCCCUUACUUGGAGAGACGUAAAGCAUAUCAUCGCUCGGUCAGCCAACUCGAAUGUUCAGCCCAAUGAAUUUCAGAGAAACGCUGCCGGAUACUUAGUGUCCCCUUCAAUGGGGUUCGGAGUGCUGGAUGUAGAGAAGAUGGUACAAAUGGCACAUGUGGAUAACUGGAAAACUGUGGGUGGCACCUCGAAUUUAGUGACAUGUGAGGUAAACUCGCACGCACAUGGAAUUCCGAGUGACUUUUUAGUCUAUGUCUCUUCACACCAGUGCAAAAUCCAAUUCAUAGAAGAGAUAGAGGUGGCUUUUGAUUUGACUUAUUCAGCAAGAGGCCACGUGAAAAUGACAUUAACUUCACCGUCCGGAACCAGUCGAGAAAUUUUACCUGGAAGACGGGUCGACACUCACAGUAACAGUUUGACAUGGAAGGUGAAGAGUUUUCAGUUCUGGGGUGAAUCGGUGGUAUCUGGUUUUAAUGGCGCAUGGAAACUCUCGGUGCAAGAUAUAUUCAAUCGUCAGAACCAAGGCUUCCUCAAGUCAUGGAAACUAAUAAUACACGGCAUGUCGAGUUUUCCUCAGGCUCCAUGGACCAGAGUGCUCCCAAAAGCAUGCACUAGGCCAACUUCAGCACCAACCGCAGGUUAG